UUUUGCAAUCUCCUUCCUCCUUCAGUCUAUCCCUUCUCUCUCUCUCUCUCUCUCUCUGUGGCUCCCGGUUCAUUCAGUCCAUCUCAGUCCCUCCUCUCUCUGUCUGUCUCCAACAGUACAGGACUUUCUCAUUCACUACAGAUUCCUCUCACACGCUCGGAGCUCCCAAUCCGAACAGCCUUUCCACACACAGACACUCGAGAAUGUUACUGUAUUUGGUGCUCCUGGUCUCUCAAGUCUCGGCGGACGGUCGAUAAUGAGCGAUUUCCCCUUUUCGGUUUUAUUUUUAUUUUGUUUUUAAAUAUAUCAAUCCUCAACAACCCGCCUCAAAGUCUCAUCGCUCCGGCAUGAAAAGAAGGGAUUUCUGUCUCUCCUCGUCAAUCGCCUUCAGCUUCCCAGGUCCCUGCCCGAACCGGAGCUGGAACUAUAGGGUCGGCUGCAACUUUAUACUGAGCUGCUUCGACACCGGGUCUCUGUGCAUCUUAGCCGCCCAGGAGAACGGUCAUUAGGAGCUACUGUCAUCCAAGUGCAGCUGACCACUGAAGACAACAGAGCCACCCCAACCCCAACAUUACAAAUUCCUCCUGUGUGCCUGUGGCAGUACACCGAGACCAUAUGCCACUCCAAUUUUGUAUCUGCACUCUCCAUUGUAUACUCUUUUUGAAAAUGGUCGAUUAACUGAGGACUCCACAGAAUGGAGCAAGAAUGAACAGAAAGUGGCUGAAAGAAAAGCAUGAACUGGAGGUUUAUUGAAUUCAUCUACCUACUGUUUAUAUGGGAUCAUAUAACAGUAAAGCCUUCCCACCAGGAUCCUACAGCCACCCAGAACCAUGUCACUAAGCAGUUUGAUUGGCUUAUAUCGGACAGAGGUCCUUUCCACAACUCGAGGGGAUAUUUAUCCUUUGUGGAAAGAUAUCGUCAAGGAUUUACAACCAGAUACAAAAUAUAUAGAGAAUUUGCACGUUGGAAGGUGAGAAAUACAGCAGUUGAAAGGAGGGACUUAAUCCGGAACCCCAUCCCACUAAUGCCAGAAUUCCAGAGAAGCAUCCGCCUGCUGGGAAGGAGACCUUCAACCCAGCAGGUGAUAGACACCAUCAUCCGAAAAUACGGAACUCAUGUCCUAUCAUCAGCAGUCCUCGGAGGUGAAGAAGCACUUACCAUGUACAUGGACAAAAGUAAGUUAGAUGGAAAGUCUACAAAUGCCAGUCAAAGUGUGGAGGCCCUCCAUCAACUUGCCUCAUCCUACUUCAUUGACCGCGAUGGGACCAUGCGACGGCUCCAUGAAAUACAAAUCUCUACUGGAGCAAUCAAGGUAACAGAAACACGGACUGGACCUCUGGGGUGUAGCAGUUACGAGAACCUUGAUUCAGUGAGUUCUGUUCUACUGCAGAGUCCUGAGAGCAGAUUGCAUUUGCAAGGUCUCCAGGUUGUUCUUCCUGAAUACCUGAGAGAGAAGUUUGUGCAGUCAGCCCUGAGCUACAUCAUGUGCAAUGGAGAAGGUGAAUACAUCUGUAAAAACAGCCAGUGUGCUUGUCAGUGUGCAAUAGAAUUUCCACAAUGCAACUGUCCUAUCACUGACAUUCAACUCAUGGAGAAUUCAUUGGCUGGACUUUCUGAGGCCUGGAACACAGCUUAUAAAGAUUUUGAAACAUCAGAUGAAUUCAAGUCCUUCUUGAAGCGUUUGCCCACCACACAUUUCCUGACCGUGGGGAGUGUCCACCAGCUCUGGGGCAAUGACUGGGAUCUCCAGGCACGGUACAAAAUGCUCCAGAGCUCUGUGGAGACGCUAAAAUUGAAAAUCCAGCGCACUGCCCGCAAACUCUUCAGCCUCAGCAUCCGCUGUCGUCACAACCCUAACCACCAGAUGCCUCGAGAAAGGUCAGUUCAUCAAUGGCUGAAUCGGGUCCAGUCGUUCCUAUACUGCAGCGAGAACGGUUACUGGGGCACCUUCCUUGAGAGUCAGAAGAGCUGCGUGUGCCAUACGGUGGCCACUGUGUGUCAGCGGUCCAUCCCCUGCAACAUCGGCAGCAACAGCAGCUGUGCUAUGUGUAGCCUGGCCAACAUCUCCCUGUGCGGCUCCUGCAACCGAGGCUUCAAGCUAUACCGGGGACGCUGCGAGCCCCAGAACGUGGACUCGGAGCGCAGCGAGCAGUUUGUCAGCUUCGAGACUGAGCUGGACUUUCACGACCUGGAGCUGAAUUAUCUCCUGGCGAAAAAGGAUUCACGGCUGUCCAUCCAGACCAUGUUCAUCAGCAAUGAGAUCCGCCUGGACACCUUUUUCGACCCUCGGUGGCGGAAGCGGAUGUCGCUGACCCUGAAGAGCAACAAAAACCGUGUGGAUUUUAUCCACAUGGUGGUGGGCCUCUCCAUGAAGAUCUGCCAGAUGAGGAAUAGCAGCCUCGAGCCGGUGUUUUUUGUUUACAUUAACCCCUUCAGCGGCAGUCACUCUGAGGGCUGGAGUACGCCCAUUGGCGAGCACGGUUACCCGAGCUGGGAGAAGACGAGACUGCAUGACUCGCCCUGCUACAACUGGACCCUGCUGCUGGGCAAUAGGUGGAAGACGGUCUUCGAGACCGUGCACAUCUACUUGCGCAGUCGGUCCAAACUGCCGGCCUCCCUGCGCAACGUGACGGCCCAGGGCCCCGUGGACCUCUCGGACCCCAGCAAGCGGCAGAUCUACAUCAAGAUCUCGGACGUGCAAGUGUACGGCUACAGCCUGCGCUUCAACACCGACCUGCUGCGCAGCGCGGUCCAACAGGUCAACCAGUCGUAUGCGCAGGGCACGCAGUUCCACUCCUCAUCCUCGGUCAUGCUGCUGCUGUUGGACAUCCGAGAGCGCAUCAACCGGCUGGCACCCCCCGUGGCCGCGGGCAAAGCACCCCUAGACCUCUUCUCCUGUAUGCUGAAACAUCGUCUCAAGCUCAACAGCAGUGAGGUCAUGCGUGUCAACCACGCACUGGACAUGUACAACUCUGAGAUUCUAAAACAGGCAGAUCUACUGACAACUAAACUUUGUUGACUUUCCCCUGCUCCCCCCCACCACACCCAAAAAGGAACUUGUUGAGAUGUACAGUUGCGAAAAUAAAGCAUAGCAACACACACACACACACACACACACACACACACACACACACACACACACACACACACACACACACACACACACACACACACCCAGCCCCUCUCUAUCUCUCUCUCUCCCUCUCACACAUACACACACACACUCUCUCUGUCUCACACACAGGUACACAAACACACACAUUCUCUGUCUCUCUCUCUCUGUCUCACACACGCACGCACACACAGACAAACACACAAAUUCUAUGUCUCUCUCUCUCUGUCUCACGCACACACACACACACAGACAGACACAGACACACAGAAACACCACAGAAUGGUUUCUUUACAAAACACGGGGAACCUGCAAGAUGUCUCAGCAAAUUGAUUUGUCCAAGCAUGUUUUCUUAUCUCUACAGGCAAGGACACCUUUUUAGUUCCAACUUUAAAAGAAACAAAAAGGGGAGGCCUUUCAGGACCCGGGAAGCGGUCGGGAAUACUCAUUGUGAACUACUGCCAUUCCAAUAUAUUAGCAUUCUUAUGAUUUCCACAGGUGCACAUGCUAGCUGGUACCUAGCGUGAAUUUGUACAGAAAAUUUAACAGAGAAGAAAAACAAUAAGUUCCACUGAGGCAAGUGGAAUAUAAAUAAGGCAUUAAAAAAGAUAAAAUUAAGGGAUAUUGAAAUGUUAAGUAUGAGCACACGUGGAGCUAUAUGUUGGGAAAAUUGCAGGUUUUUGAGGUGAUGGGGUUGUGGGUGGUUUUGUGGACAAAAUUAAGAUGGAUUUCAUUAAGCCUCUUGCCAUGUCCCACAGCGCAGUAGGUCCUUUUUGGCAACAUCUGUACCCAGGCUGCCAGAAUGUUCCAGAAAAUAUUUAUCUCGCCAAUCUCAUACCAUGCAGUUGGACAACUGCCCUCUUAAGAGAUGGCCCACAAGCAUCUAAUUAAAUAAUGACCACAAAUUCAGAUUCAAAGAGACCCAGUAGGUAUUGCACACUGAUGGACAUCAUGGGUUGAAUAUUGCAGCCAGAGAAUAGUGUAGUGCAAGUUACCUUUUCCAACAUUCGCUUAGAUUGUAAUUCAGAUUCAUCCUCCAAUGGUACAUCUUCAGCAUUGGCUAACAAUCAAACAGUCAGCACUUCAGCAAAAACCUAAUUGGAAAAAGCUCAAGAGGGGCCAUAGAGUCAGCUGGUAAAUUGAGAAAUAAAGUUUCAUAAUUUGACAAUAUUUACCCUCACUCAUUGCUUAAUGAUUCACUGAUGUUUAACCGCUGUCUGCUGACUUAAUUCAAUGCGAGCAUCCUUCUCUUCAUCAUCAUGUUGGGAAGGAGUGGAUGAUGUUUUAGUUAAUCUCAAUAAAAAGAGAAAAUGCUGAAAAUCCAUACUGUACUAGGCAGCGCUGAAAAGAAACAUCCAGUCAUUGUGUGGGAGAUUGUACCUCUGGUCUUGAUAUGCUCAAUAUGACUCUGUCAAAUGUUGACUGACUUGUGCACUUCCAUUGUUUACUUUGUAUUUUUGGCUUCAGAUUUCCAUUACCUUUCUUUGGGCAUAUAUUUUAAUUGUAGCAUUUGUGCUUUUCUAUUUUGAUCCCCCUCUCUGUGCAAGGGGAUCUUAUUUUUAGCUACAAAUUGCUCAAACUGUUCAGUCAAUGAAGUUCUCUGAUGAUAGAUCCUCCUAUUUCUCCCCCCAACACCUCAUCUUUCUGAUAUUGCCUUGAUAUUGGAACCUUGGAGACAAUAAAUUUUAUCACAUGUACAUAGUCAGACUCUUGUAUCCAGGCAGGUGUGGAGUGUAGAAAAGUGAGUGGUCAAAGUGAAGCAGCCAAAUAACUUCCUCACACAACAUUUCCCCACUCAUUCCGCAGAUGAACAACUGGGAAAAGUCUGUAGCAUUUAACACCAAGUGUUUUGAGAGAUUAUAAAUGUGAGAGAUUACUUUUGAGGUGUUUCUAUUACUCUGGAGCCUGCAAUACAUGAGAUAAUGAUCCUAUAUAUUAUCCUCUGUAUUCAUGGAUUUUACAUGACAAAAUGACUAAUGACAAUCAUCACUGACCCUCACCGCAGUUCAGUGUCUAUGCCUUGGUCAGUCUAACGUUGAUGUUGAGAGUCUCCUAUAUUUUAAAACCAAGCAGCCAGCAGAAAUGACUUUAAUAUUCUUGUCCAAGCUCCCAUUUCCGUUUUCAUUACCUCGUGUCACUGAGUUUUAUAAUUCCACCAAUCCUUUAAACCUGUUAAACGCAAAAGCCUCUUUUGUGAAGAUUGUGACAGAUUCAUUUAUCAUAUUCUUUGUAAAAUACAAGUAAAGUAAGAUCUAAACAUUUGCUUACCUAACACUCAUUCCCAUUUCCUUCAGAUAAAUGCGUUCUUCUUCUUAAUUUUAGUGUUUCCUGCCCUUCCCACAUUCACACAAUAAUAACUAAAGUCUCCUUUGUUGUAAAAGUGACAGGCUAUGUGUCAAGCUCAAGCACAUUUUGGGUUAUUAUAAUUCACUUCUGCACUUUGUGGGUUUAGGAAGAGGAAAUAGUUCCCAAUUAUUGGAAUUGCACCUAAGGACAGAAAUUCAGAACCGGUGAUCCGAACUUCUGUGAGGAAGGGUCACCGGAUCUGAAAUGUUAACUCUGAUUUUUCCUUCACAGAUGCUGCCAGAUCUGCUGAGCUUUCUCCACCAACUUCUGUUCUUAUUUCUGAUUUACAGCAUCCGCAGCUCUUUCAGUUUUUAUUGGAAUUGCAUGUUGUUCGCAAGUUUGGGAAUGUUGUAGAGUCAUACAGCAUGGAGACAGACCUCACAGUCCAACCAGUCCAUGCUGACCAUGUUUCAAGACUAAACUAGUCCCACUUGCCUGUGUUCAGCCGAUAUACCCCCAAAACUUUCCAAUUCAUGUACUUAUGCAAAUUUCUUUUAAAUAUUAUCGCUGCACCUGCAUGCACCACUUCCUCUGGCAGUUCAUUUUGCAAAGAAACCAAGCUCUGUGCAAAAAAAAAUGCCCCUCAUGUUCUUCUUAAACUUUCUCCUCUCACCUUAAAAAAUAUGCCUCCUAAUUUUAAACUCCCCUAUCCAAGGGAAAAGACCCUUGCUAUUCACCUUAUCUGUGUGUCUCAUAAUUUUAUACAUCUCUAUAAGGCCACCCCCUCAACCUCCUACGCUCCAAUAGAAAAAAGUGUCAGACUGCUCAGCCUCUUUUUAUAACUCAAACCCUCCAUUCCUGGCAACAUCCUGGUUAAUCUUUUCUGAACCCUCUCUAAUAUCUUUCUUAAAGCAGGGUGAUCAGAACAGUACUCCAGAAGAAGCCUCACCAAUGUCCUGUACAACUUCAACAUGACAUCCCAACUCCUAUCCUCCAUGUCAUUAGCUUUGAUGGUCCGUGUUCUUUCCUUGAUCUCCAACUCUUCCCAGGUUGGAAAACUCAAUCCUUGUUAGCAUUUGAGUGGACUUGCGGAGUGCUGCAGAGGGCUAUGGAAUUCUAUCACUGUCUCCCCACUUGCCAGCUAACUUCCCUAUAAGGAGACUCAGUGCCUUGAGUAAUGUAAAUAAUGCUAAUAACUUUCUUUUUUCUUAUUUCCCACUCCAAGUUAAGAUCUGCCUGGUUUAGGUAGCUUUUUUAGUUUGGCUUUCUUGUUUGUGCUUAGGUGACAUUGGUAAGUCAAGAGAAAAAAGUAAGUUAACAGACAUAAGUAGAACAUUCAUGAAUACUAUGAAGCUGGUACUUUAUCUGUCAUUGUACAGAUAACAUUUAACUAAAGUGACUUCAUCUGACCUAAGGUCUACACUUCAGGGUUAAGCCAGAGAUGAGAUAGAAGAUGCAGAAUCACAAAAUGAAGUUUAAUUCUCCACUUUAUCAAGACAAAACUUUUCUACUCAUUUAUCCAUCUAUUUCUUGGGUGCAUGAUGGAGAUUGUUUUCUUGAGUACUGAGAUUUCAAAUUCUGAACCUUGAAGACCCUUUAGAGGCCAUGUUUGUUUAUAGGAAGUUGAGGAGUGAUUCCUUGAGUCACUGGUGAGGACUGUGUUUGCAAAUUGGUCAUCUGUGUAGAUUUUGUAAAUGUUUAUAAUUUGAAUGUGUUCAUUUUUGGGAGAUGCUCAACGUAAACAUGAACAACAUGAGAGCCAGUUUUGGAGACACUUUCUUUCAAUUCUGGUUGUGUUGUUUAACCUCUCUAAUAUCUGAAUUUCCAUCUCCAAUAAACAGUAACAAAGUACACCUUAUAUUACAAUUUACUUAUUUUCUGAUGAAUCUGAUCAACCACUAUGCUGACAGAGUUUAUUUAAAAUAUACCUUUGUGUGAUCAUAUCAGUGUAGCUUUAACAGAAAAAUCAGCACAAAUUGGUACCUAUACAGUAUAAUUAUUAAACUUACAUGUGCACAAAAGUCACUUGGUAGUGCAGAAUUUGAAUAUUGCUGAAAGGAGAGAAUAUUCCCAAAACCUUCUGUCUUGCAUUCAUCAAGGCAAAUGCAAGAAUGCCGAAUUUCAAACAAUCACAAUAAUUUAUAAUAUAGAAGAAAAGGGUGCUGAUUGCUAAGCAAGUUAACUCUGAUAUUUCUUUCUUUAUUCUAUCAUGGUAUAUGGACAUUGCUAGAAAGGCCAACAUUUAUUGUUCUCCCCUUAGUUGUCAUUGAAUUGAAUAGCUUGCUUGGCCAGUUUAGACGUCAUUUAAGAGUCACGUAAAUAGCAGUGGAUUUGGAGACAUGCGUGGACCAGACUGGGUAAAAAGAACAGAUUUCCUUCCAUAAACGACAUUAUGAACAAACUGAAGAAGACUGAAAUUUGGCUCAAAACUUCAGCUCUGUUACUCUUUCUACUGAUGGUACCAGCCCUGCUGAGUAUUUCCAGCAAUUCCUAUGUUUAUUUUAGAAUUGUGAAACAAAUUUGGGCACGACUUCUUCAAUCACAUCACUGUGCAGCAAUGGCUCAGUUGAUAGAAUACUUGCUGAUGUGUAGGUGUCAGAAGUUCAAAUGUCCUUCCAGAUAUUGAGGCAUAAACUCUAGACUGAUAAUCUCAUCAGUGCUAACGGAGAGUUGCACUGUUAUUAAUAGUCAUUCCUUCACAGAAUUUGACCAUGACUGACAAGGCCAGUAUUUAUUGUCCAGCCCCUGUCAUUCUUCUGAUGGUCUUUUAAAUGAAAAGUUAAACCAAGGUCCCAUCAGCCCAGUAAAUUUACCAGUUCUUGAGCCAUGAUUUAGAAGGAAAGGAAGAAAGUUAUUUCCGCUGUUCUAGCUAGCGUUAGUGCUUCAAGCAACUUCACUAAAGAAAGGAUUAUUUAAUCAUCAUCACAUUCCUUUUUGUAAGAGCUUGCUAUUUACAAAUUGAUCAUCACAGUCCCCAUGUAUCAGAAAUCACACUUGAAAAAAAAAUACUUAAUUGGCUAUAAAGCAUUUCAAGCACAUAGCCACAGAUGCUAUAUAAAUGCAAUUGUGAUUGGAAGUGUUUCCAAGCAGCCGAUUGACAAAGUCAAAAAUGUUUACCCUGAUUUCAGUGAAUAUAUAGUGGGUAUUUGCUGCAUUGUAGUCCUUGCUUCAGUCGAUAACAAUUUUAUGUGAUCACUCUUAGUUUUAUGAAAACCAGGCACUAUUGUUAAAUUAUUGAUGGUGUGUCCCCUGCUAAUUAUGCAUGCAAGCAAUUGAAGCACUCGACUGGAAGCUAAUUAUCACUUAAAAACCAUACAUAAUAAAAGGAGUAACAAGAUAUUGCAGUAAUCACUGCGUUAUUUAAAAUAAUAUGUGCUGCUUUUAUCUUAAAAAGUGCUGAUUAUCCAGGUUUGAAACUGCCAAUAUGCACGAGAAAAUUAAAUGAGUGUCAAGGGAAAUUUUGUACACAAUUUCAGUUGAGAAAUUCUGGGUACUUUGAAACUUCUCAGUUUAAAAGAUUAAAGCAAAGCUUUAUCUGAACGUACCAUCCAACUCCAGAGAGAAGUAUACAUGUGUUUGAUGGUGUUCUCAUACCAUCUGAUUUUGUGGUGUCCCUUCAAGUGAAAUGCCUCUGAUGACACAGAGAGAAAUUUCUCCCUUUCCAAGGGCAUCUCUUUCCAAAGUGUGGCCAAUUUGAAAGCCACUCUCACAUUUGGACAUCCAUUUCUGGAAAAGUGACAUUCCUUGAUUUUAGAUGCUUGUGUACGUCAACCUUGAAACUCUCCCUUUACUCUCCCCUUUUUGCUUUGUAACUAAAGGCAGGAGAUCCAACGUAACAGCUGUUAACAUCUGAAUGUAAUGGAUAGCUUUAUUGUUCGAGUUGUGGAGGAUAGGCAUGAACUUACUAGGCAGCAAUACUUGAAGGACUUUAGAAGGAAGGGGAGUUUAGAGAUGGGGGUGGGGUUAGCUUGCAAGAAUUGAGGUAAACAAGAGUUGAUUAAUUGAAAAGAGGCCUCCAUACUAUACCCAUCACAACUGCGAGGUAGUUUAUGAAUCGCUGGCUGCAUUCUAACAAACGCCAAGUCACUCCUCUGCACAGAGGCAUUUAGUGACUCCUGAUUAAUCAAUGCCUCAGUUUGAAGAUUCUCGGCCAUUGAUUCCAAAUCCUUGGAUGACCUUGACUCUCACUUGCUCUGAAUUUCUUGCUGUCUCUCAGACCCAAUGAGAUUUCUAUAAUUGCUGGAAUUCUAGCCUCUUGCGCAUUCCUAAUAUUUAUUGUUCCAGCCCUUCACCUGCCAAGGCUUAAUGCUCUGGAAUUUCCUCUCUAAAUCUCUCUGCCUGCUUCUCUGUCUUUUCUCAUUUAUCAUGCCCCUUACAAACUAGCUGUGACCAAGUCUUUGCUUAUCUAGCGUGACUUUGCUCAGUGUCAUUUAUUUUUACUUGAUAAUGCCUAUCAGGUGCUUUGCAACAUCAUGUAGACUCAUCAACAGCAUGGAAACAGACCCUAUGGUCCAACUUGUCUAUGCUAACCAGAUAUCCUAAGUUACUGUAGUCCCAUUUGCCAGCGUUUGGCCCAUACCACUCUCGAACCUUUCCUACUCGUAUAUCCCUCAUUUUAAACAUUAAAUAUGCCACAUAAUUGGAAGUAGUUAUCUCCUCUGCAGUGACUGCUCACAAUUAGACUGGCAAUGGAUAAUUUGCACUCAACAGACAUUGCCAUUCCUGACAUGAAUAUACAAAGAAUGCAGUUGACGACAUUCUGUUGUUUGAAAUGUAUGCACAAAAUCCUCUCAGCAUUGUUCUUAAAGGGGAAACAGUACAACUCAUACACCCCAAUACAACACAAAGCGUUCAAAUUUCUCUGCUGAUAUCAAGGAGAAUUACAUGUCAAUUCUAGUAGGUGCCCUUCACUUUUUGCUUUCUGUUUUCUAAGCUUUUACCUGCAUUUCCAAAUCUCCCAUCAGCGUAGUAGGAACAAAAUGGUGAUUCUAAAUGGUCGCUGAAUGUUUUCCUUGUAAGAACUAGCCUUGAAAUAUUUGAAAUGGAUCAUUCAUUGAACAAUGCAGUGUCUCAAAAGCCAAAGUUGACCAACAGAAGGUAUUGAGCAUGUAGCAGGCCACGUUACUGUUAUUGCUGCACAGUGAAACAGAAUCCAUGUGGAAAUUGUCACAGAGGUGAUCCAAAGCAGCCAGUAGAAGAUUGCUAAUGCUUACCAUCUCUGGGUUUUGUUUUAAUUUCUCAAUAGUUGAAAUUAUUGUAGAGACGAGUCAUCUAGCCCAAGUGGCCCUGUUGAUGUUUGUUUCAAAAGAGGCUCCUCCUACCCCCUUACAACAAAUUGUAUAAUUGCAUUAUAUUGCUUUCUCCUUCAUGGUGAUCUAGCUUUCCCUUGAAUGUGCCCAUGCUAUUGCACCUUAUGAUAGUGUAUUCCACAGCUCACCGUCUUUAGUUAAGGAACAUGCUUCUGAAACUGAAGAAGGGUCACAGGACCCAAAACUUUGACUCUGCUUUCUCUCCAGAGAUACUGCCAGACCUGUUGAGAUUUUCUAGCAAUUUCUGUUUUCAUUUUUGAAUUCACCAUUCGGGUUUCUUUGUGGCCAACUUAUUUUUAUGGCCUAAACAAAAAGUCUACUCCAAAUGCUGCCCUGUCACUUGAAUACUGGGGCUACGCAAAUUAAUUGAAUUCAAACAUGGGACGGAGGAUCUCUGAGCUUAAAGGAGAGCUUUCCAAAAUCACAAGAUCUUUUGCCAUUUUAAAAUGAUUUUAAAAAGCUUCUGUAAAAUGAAGGCUAUAUAAUAACUUCUGUUUUGUUGGUCAGGCUUCCCGAAAAUAAUGAUCAAAAAAGAAACUUGAGUGUGUAGUUUAAACCUGGACUCUGUCUAGACAUAUAACAAGAGUGCAACUGUUAAUGCCUCUAUGAAUACUGCAUGAAUUAUGAUUUACGGUCAAAUUGAUAACCUUGAAAUUCAAGAGCUACUCAUGGCAUUCCUAAGGGUUACCAAAUGGACUGUUGGCAGAGGUAAGCACUCCCAGCUCGAUAUCAUACACUGCUUGUUAAGCAAUACGUCAGCAAGCUCUGCUGCAUUGAUUCCUUAACUCUUCAUUACCUUUCGAUGGUUGACCUGCCGAACGGUGUUGAUCAUGAUAGAUAUACACCCUGUCCUGGAACAGAGGGGAUGGGGAAAUAAGAGGGAAGAAGCAAGAAUGUAAACAGUACAACGCGUGUUUACAACUCUUUGACCACACAAUAAUGAAAACCCUGCUUCAUUCAAUCUCUACAACUUGAUAUAAGCAUCCACCCCCCCCCCCUCCCCCGCCUCCCAGACUUUCUAUUUCACUGUUCAUUAAAUCCUUCACCUGUAACUGAACAAAAAUAAUUUGGAGAGAAAUAAAAAUGUGUCCUGAAUAAAUCAGUGAUUUGUUUUUUUUGGAUGACAGAGGAUUAAAGAGCUUUUGAAUGUCUUGGACCUGGUAUAUGACAUCACUGGAUAUCAUUUAACCUGUUUUGAAUACAAAAAAAACUGCCUGUGGAUGUUGUCUGUCCGUCAACUUGCCUUUUUAAUUCUUAUCCUGUGGAGGUGUGACGUGUUUGUAUCUUUUAAUGUAGCAAACUUGAGACUUUCCACAGUGCUGUUAAUAUGUGAAAAAAAAGAAAAUGGCAACAAUUAAGAUAUGUAUGCUUCAAUAAACUGUUUUCUAAUAGCUGGCAGUCUGUUACAGUGUACGUACUAAAUAUAUAGAGAGUGACCUCUCAUCAUGUCGCGGCAGUACCAGAAACAGUAAGCACUAAAUAAAAGAGAAAGAGUAUUUAUUAAUUCUGUCACUGAUGCGUCAUGUUUAUGCAAGAGUUUGUUUCAUUCAGACUUUUAGGGGGAAGAUGGUGGCGGCAUGACUGUUUUAGUUUAC